GGCCACGUUAAUGUCUUUCAAUAGUGUAUAAAAUGAUAAUGACACGCUCUCGCGUCGCUACAGAUACACUGUAGAAAUCCUACUUGAUUCUAGCUUGUGGUUUUUUUUUAUUAUUAUGGUCGUGUUGUUGUAUAAAUUUUCUUAAGAAUCAAUAAUGCACGAAUUCGUUAUAAAAAAUGGACGGGUAAUCGACCCGGCUCGGCAUUUUAACCAAGUAGCAGACGCGUACGUCGCUGAUGGCCGUAUCUUCACCAUUGGAAAACCUCCUGAAGGCUCUGGCCGUUGGCAAGUGGUGGACGCUACGGGUUGUAUAGUGACCCCAGGAUUAAUUGACCUCCACGUCCAUGCAUACGAGCAUGCCACGCCCUUAGGAGUCAAUGUAGAUAGAAUGUGCCUGGCGAGGGGAGUCACGACUGUUGUUGACGCGGGUAGUGCAGGUAAGACAAAUACACGGCAAGGGUGGGGAGGGGAACUGACACGGCCGACCUCAAAACCUUUUUAACGGAGUCAGAAACUACCCCCCCCCCACCCCCAACUCAAGUCAAAAGACGACAGGCACGCAAAGUACACACAUGCUUAGGCGAGGGGAGUCACGGCUGUUGUUGACGCGGGUAGUGCAGGUAAGACAAAUACACGGGAAGGGUGGGGAGGGGAACUGACACGGCCGACCUCAAAACCUUUUUAACGGAGUCAGAAACUACCCCCCCCCCACCCCCAACUCAAGUCAAAAGACGACAGGCACGCAAAGUACACACAUGCUUUCAUAACGGUAUUGCUUUCUGUGGUGGCUCGACACAGCUUUGGUUAGCUGUCAAACCAAAUCAAGCCUUUUGUGCUUCCCUAUACAAGCACCCCCAUAACCCAUUUCCACCGCCCCCCCCCCAAUAAAAAAAAUCCAGUAACCUACAAACACAACACAUUUAAUGGUAAGUUUGUGACCACCAACCUGAUAUAUUUAAAAAAAAUAAUUUUUAUGACCUCGGCUAGGUCGAUCACGAGUGUUAUUGUUUACUACUUCUAACGGUCCUCGUCCACACCACAACGAGGCCCGCCUUAUUCUCAGCGCCAGCUGGCACUCAUAAAUUACCGUAAAAUUAGACUUGACUGAAUGUUACGUGGAAGUCAUGAUUGAUCGUCUGCUUGUGAGUGUGUUUAUGCUAUGAGGUGUCCACAAAACCUCUGCGCAUGCUUCACGGUAGCCUGUCAGCGGGACACGUUGCGGUAGCUAUUAAAACACAUCUUCAGAGAAAUUCCCGCAGAUAGGCGAAGGGCCGAAGGCAUGCACCCCCAGCGUGUAGUUAUAAUAAGGACUUCCUGAUUUAAAAAAAAAAAAAAAAAAAAAGUUUAUGCUAUGAGGUGUCCACAAAACCUCUGCGCAUGCUUCACGGUAGCCUGUCAGCGGGACACGUUGCGGUAGCUAUUAAAACAAAUCUUCAGAAAAAUUCCCGCAGAUAGGCGAAGGGCCGAAGGCAUGCACCCCCAGCGUGUAGUUAUAAUAAGGACUUCCUGAUUUAAAAAAAAAAAAAAAAAAGUUAUGUCAGAUCGUGUUACAGCAGGCCUAGUGGGAAGCUGAAGGAUGGCGAGUGUUAUAAUUUAAUUUUACGUCAUGUUUUAUUAAUUAAGCUGUUACAAUUUUUUAAAAUAUUUUUUGCGCGCAUUUUUUAUUGUAAAAAAUCAAUGUAAUUUCUUUCAAAGAGGCUCCCAAACCCUUCUCUUACUAUUUACUAAUGGGAGUCAUGGGACUCACUACGUCAGAGGCGUAGCUAGAAUGUUUGGCGAGCGGGGACAAGGCUCAUUCUUAACGCCCCCUCAACUCAGAAACACAUUAUUUUAAUCUAUCAUACUUUUAAAUCCCAUUUCAUUUUUUGCGCUCCCUACUGGUAUGGCGCCCGAGGACAUGUCCCUCUGCCCCCCAUUUACCUACGGCGCCCCCCCCCCAUUUAACAAAGCCGACCCCCCCCCCCCUUAACUAUGCCUCUGCCCCACGAAAGAUUUAUGGUAAAAUGAAUAUCUUAAUAUGUCUUAUAUAAUAACAUAUUCAUGGCUUCCAUCUGUCGUGGCCACAUGAUGUCCAUUUCUAAAUUUAGUUGUUUAAAAGAAUGCGGCUAAUUGAAAUCCACAAUGAAACCUCUAGGAUUUCAAGGGAAAUAAUAGCAUUAAUUUUUCGGGAAGCGAUUGAAAAAAGCGUCGUUUCCCUUAAAAUGAAAGUAAAAUAUUUGAUCUGAUAAGCAAAAUCAUUGGUAACAUUCCACAAGCGGUUACCUGCUUCUCGUAGUCAUAUGAGUUUCGAUCGUUAUCUUUUAGAAAUGAGACACUCAUUGUAGUGUUGUGUAUUCACUGUACGGGGUUUACUUUAUUAAAUUUAACGCAUUGAAUGCCCGAUACGAGAAGUAUAUACUCGGGUCGUGGCAAGAAAAAAGCUUCACACGGGGCAAAUAAGCCUGAAUUAUGAUUAAAGCCCCAUGUUCCUCAAAAAAAGUAUGCACCUUAAAGAAAAAAAAAAAAUAAUUCUCUUAAUUUCUGUUUCCCAACCUACUUUCGUAUCGCGAGUUCGCAACCCCAUUUUGUAAAUGGAAAUCCACCGAUAUCCCCGAUACCUGUAGCCCUGCUUGAAUUUUUGAUUAGUUUGACACUGUUUGUUGCUUUUUAAUAAGGGUAAAGAUAACAAGCGGAACACACAUUGUUUUCAUGUACAUUAGACCUGCAGAUAAUGUGAUGAUUGAAAUGGAAACUAGUUUACAAGCUUAAGAAUUCGAGGGUUGAGUUUAAUUUUUAUUUGAAUUUUUUAUAUUUUUUUUAUUGCCACCCUUAUGUGCGUCUCAACAUUUAGGCUUGAUAAUAUAUUUCUAGUUUUGGUAGCGGCGUUUCCACGGGUUUUACCGCUCAUCCACGAAAAAAAAAACUCUGAGGUGGCCGAAAAUGCCACCCCUUAAAUGUAUAUUUUUUAAAAAGUGUCGCUUAUUCCCUUAUCCUCCCCCCCCCCCCGGCAAUCAUUUCCCUCUUCUACGCCAGUUUGUUAUGUUUUGUUUUUUUAAAAUUACGAAUCGCUUAAAAUCCACCGUCAUUGUUGGAGAUGCGUAGACAAAAAUAGGAAUACAUUUUGAUAUUUCCAAACUUUAAGAUCCCAAAAAUGAAUUAAAAAUUGAUUGCGUUAUAAAUUUAUUUUUAAUUUCAACCGACGACCUCAUUUAAAUAAACGCUCUUAGAGACCCCAACAUUUGAGAUCACAACCUAUGAUUUGGGAAAAACUCUCCUGAAAAAAAUUAAUAAAAAUGAUAAUAAUAAAGAUAAAUGCACCAGACAACACAUGCACAGGUGGGUCGGAGUGGGGGAAAUGGUGGUGGGGGUGGGGCGACCAAUGUUACUGGUUGUGUCAUAAUGAUAACCAGGUCAAUUAGUGAGUUGAACCAUACAUUUGUUCUGCCACCCUCGGCCUCCAUUUUGUUUUCCUCAAAACACUUAAUGAUAGGUAUACACGACCACGCUGUACACUCAAGGACGGGUUCAUUCUGGGCGUUUGAAAACUGCUACAUUAUAGCCUGGAUAUACUUAACAGCACGGAUACCAUCAUAGAUACCAUCACAUAUACCAUCGCAUAUAGGCCUACCAUCACAAAUACCGUCACAGCUACCAUCGCAUAUAGGAUUACCAUCAUGAAAACCAUCACAGAUGCCAUCACAUAUACCAUCGCAUAUACCAUCAUAUAUACCAUCAAAAUUACCAUCACAGCUACCAUGACAUCUGGCAGUUAAUCAAUCGAGACAUCUUUCACCAAGGGGCAUCCCAUUAAUCACUCGAGGUGAUAUCUAAGUAAGUUCAUAUACCAUCCUACUAUAUAGUACUGUAUAAAAAGACAGAGAAGUAGCUAGGGGGGGGGGCGAUAUGAGGGAGGACACCUGGCCCCGGACAAGUUGGGGCGCCAAAACGGGCUUUGGUGGUAUUUUAUUGAUGAAAAUAAUAUGUUUCAGAGUUAAGGGGGUGGGAGAGGGGGAGGGGCGUAAAAAAUACCUUGUCCCCGGCGCCGAACAGUUUAUCCACUCCUCUGUACAGCUAUAACGCUUUACAAUUGGGUCAUCAAUCUGUCCCGCCUUCAUGUAUGCAUCGCUAUGGACCAGGUGCACAACGGCUUGUUGGCUGGAGUGUCGCAGGUUAAGCUAAAAAAAGAAAUGGUGAUUUGGUUGUAAAUCAAUAACUUUGAUUUUUCUUUACCUUUUUCGUCUUUUUAAAACAUACGUUGACAUAACUUAUUCAUAAUUUUCAUUUAUUUUAAGUUAAAUUCAAAUGCCUCAAAAUUAAUUAGGAAAAAUAAGACAAUUCUGACUUUUGAUAAAACGGCCAUGUGUCUCUACCAAAUCUGACUGUAUCUUAGAUUUACCGUAUUUCAAUUGGAAGAACAACCAGAAUAAAGGGAAAUGAUCGAGCAUAAACUGCCCGUCUUAACCUUCAUAAAUAAGAUGGCUUACCCUUAUUAUUUUUAGAUUGAUGUUAAUUUUACACGUUUCUUUCACUGGAAAGAAUCCAUGACUUCCCAUUUGACAGAGAAUGAAAAAUUAUGAAUCCUCAAAGAUACACUGUUUUAAAAUUUAUCGUUAUUAUUAUUAAAACAAAUGAUUUCCCAAUAAUCGUCAUCAUUUGUUAUAUAUUCCCAAAGGUUCGUCUACGUUUCCAGGACUUAGAAAAUUCAUAUCUGAGAGAAGUAAAACUCGGGUGUUCAGCUUCCUGCACAUUGCUCAGCAUGGACUUGCCUCAGCUGGCUGUGUCAUGAAAGGUCAGGGUUUCCUUUAAAGAGUGGAUGUGACUUCUGAAUUCAUUAGCUUUGGCCCACCUGUGUCCUUCAAAAAAAAAAAAAAGGAAUAGAUAUCUUAUAAAAUAUCUUUUAAAGAUCCACCUAUUAUUCUUUAAAUAUUUUUUUUGGCGAACAACUAAGGUGGAUAGGAUUAUCACAAGAACCAUCUAGCUGCCCUGUUACACGUUUUUUCUUGAUCAGUUGUGGUCCUUUGAUGAUACUAGAUUAUUAUAUCUAUACCAGUAACUGAAACAUUGCAAAUCCCAUCUACAUGCAUAGGAGCCAAAAUGAUCAAUAAAUUGAUCGUGGGCCCUUAAGAUAUAGAAGAAGAAGAAGACCAUAGUCUAUCUACUAUAUUAUAUCUAUGAAGACCGUAGCACUAUACAUCAUAGAUUUUCACUGCUUUGUCGUUAAAACAACCAAACGUAUGUAAUUUUAAAAGGCUAUUUCAUGAGACAGGGGUGGCCAACCUGCGACCCACUGCGUUAAAUAUUUCGGCCCGCGGAUAGCUGAUUUAUCAAAAAAUCAACUUAUUAGUUUUUCAAUUUACAAAGAAAUGGAAUUUAAAAAUUGACACGAGAGAAAAAAAUUAAACACAUUCCUUUAUUUUUAUUUUGUUUUUUUAUUUUCAUAUUUUUUUGCAUUGAGAACAGAUAAUUAUCAGCAUUUCGUGGGUGUUCAUUUGAAAAUUGUAACAUUAGUUGUAAUAAGAUGCCGCCUGCAAAAGGUUUACAUGCCGUCAAAGUGUCCCGUGAAGACUUAAGGGUUGACCACCCCUCUCCUAAGUGAUCGUUGCAGGCUUUGCAGGCUUAUCUGAAGAUUUGUAAAGUCUAGCAGACAACAUAUGAUAUACAUAAUAUUUAAAGUGGGCCUCAACAGCGAGACAUCUCUAAUUAAAGUGUCUGAUGGUUAUUUAAUAACAAAAUUACUGCUCGACAAAUGGCUUUUUGCCUUCAAACUUCUCAUAUUUAAUUUUAAUAUGGAUGCAGCUUAAUUUUACAACGUUUAAGGGAAUCGAUAUGUGUGAGAGAUGUGUUCGAUGAAGACAAAAGAGAAGAGAACCCUGACUUAGAAUUAAUUUGUUGACUAAUUUUGGUCUACAAAACAAGAGAUAUCAAACAAAUGACAAUCUAAAAAAAAAAAAGAAGUCUAGACGCAUUGGCUACAUAUCAGAAGAUAACAAAAUUAGAUAAUAUGUUGUUCCUAGAUACAAGAGACUUAUUACAAAUAAUUUACAUGUGCCUAAGUAGAUAAUGUUGUUGGUCUGAAAUUAUUAAAUGCCUCUCUGUCACAGACAGUGGAGGUGAAUGUGAUUCACUCAACGCGGUGCAGGUGGAUGACUGCGUUAGAGUCAUCAAUGAAAACCGGGACAUGAUUGUCGGGGUCAAGGUUAGGCUGGGUAUACCAAUCACAAACAACGGAUUAAAUGAAGUGGAGGUUUAUAGGUUUGGAAAAUCUUUUUAUUUUAAACACAAUAAUAUGCUUGGAAAAGUAAGCCAAUAGGCAGGUACAUACACAUGUAAAUGAAUACAUAGUUUAUCUAACGCUAGUUUCAAGUGCCAACAUAAUUAAAACACAAAUAUGUUAGGUGAUUACUGAGCAUGUAGCUAAUCAAGAUCAAUUUAAAACACACCAUAUUUAAAUAUUAAUCUUAAUAUUUUGAAAUUCAUCUUAGCCUCAUCGUUAUACAACCAUGUCAGAUAAAAUAAUUUGCCUUCCUAAAUGGAAAUAUAAAUUUUAUAGUAUACUAAAUAAAUUUUAAAGCAAUUUUUUUUUUGGAAGUAUUUUAUGAUUUUAAAGACUUUAUUUUGAUAGUGAUAAUAACAAGAGAUGAAGUUUUAAGCUGCUGUUAUGAUGACUUAAGUAUGAGAGUUGUACAUUUUUUUUUUUUUUGGUUCUGAACAGGCGAGCCCUGCAGGCUGCGAGUACUUGCAAGGUCCCAUUGAUGGUUCAUCACAGUUUGUCUACGAUACAACACGGAAACUCUGGUGAGUAUGACCCAAAUAGACAUGGGCUUGUACAAGAUCAAACUUACCUGUCGUAAAACGAACCUAUACACAAAAUCGUCUCAUGUGUAACAUGUGCAAAUAAUGCACAAAGAAACUUUUGUCAAUGAAAUUACUAUUCACAUUUUUUUAAAAAUAAAAGCUUUUAUGCUGUAUGGAUCACUGUUUGAUUUAUCACUCUUGUUUCACCAACAAAUGCCGCAAUAUCACAUUUAUUAAUUUCGGGGCCCUUUAUAAAGGGCAAUAACAAAAAGAAUAAAAAAUGUUUGCUUUUAAUGAGAUUCUCCCCCCUGAUAUAAAAUUUGUUCCAAACUUAAUUAGAUGUACGCUUUUGUUCAUUGUAAAUUAUCAUUCAUAGUAGAUGAAUAAAACAAUAUAAAAUCAAAUUUUUAUAAAAACGCGCCUUUCACAGAAAUUUAAUAAAAAUUAUGAAAUAAAUGUCCCCAACACUUCAGAGUUGUUACAGUCAUAUGAUCUAAACUAAACAAAAAAAAAACAAAAAAACUUGGGGUGCCAUGAAAUGUCAUAUGAGUUGACAAAUGUAGGCCUAUAGUUUGCAUUGAUGCAAGUAAGUGUUAUGUCACACAGUUGUUAUGAUACAGAUCACUUAAGCAUGGAAAUAUGAGUUCUCACAACUGCCUUGCAUUACUGUUGUAUGCUCCCACUGAUCGUGACCUUGACAAGUUGAAUGAAAUUAUCGGUGCUGUGCAUGUCUUUGCGAUUUGCAAGGAAAUUUGAGUCCAUGGUCGCCCCAUGCAUUUUAGUCGUACAACUGUAAUAACUCUGAAGUUUUUGGGGGCAAUUUAUUUUAUACUUUCGUACAUUUUUGUUAAAGCUUGUUUGAAAAAAAAAAAAAAAUUAUAUUGUUUUAUUUUGUUACUUUUAGUCUUGGAAGAUGUAAUAGGAGCUCAGGAAGUGAGUUCAAGCAGAUGACUAAAAAAGAAUGUGGCACCCAUGUAAUAAAUUUUUUUUUGGUCAUCGCUGAUUGAAAAUGGGGGAACAACUACAAGUAACCAUGCAUAAGGUAACGGUGUAGCGAAGAUCCGAUGCCCCUAUCACUUUCUGUUCCUGAGAUAUCCGCAGAGUUCACUCAUGGUCAGUGGAGGUCAUUGGUGACCUAAUGAUCAUUAGGGGUUGCUGUCAUCAGGGUCGGGUAAGUGUGCAAAGUUUCAGCUCAAUUGGACACCAGGUCAAAAUUGAGAUGCAAGAUUUGACCAGCAGAGGUCACACAAGGGUAAGUGGAGGUCACUGGUAACCUACUGUUCAUAAAGGUUGUAUUGUUACCCGGAUGGAUAAGUGUACAGAGGUUUGGAUCAAUUGGACACCAGGAAGUGGUUCAAAAUUGAGAUGCAAGAUUCCAUAACAAACGCCCAUAGCAACCUAAUGAAAGCGUUUAGUAUAAAUAUUUACUAAUAAUUUUUUGGACCUACAUUUGUGUUGGAAGCGUGGGCUGGGGUAAAUGUUUCAAAAUGGCAACUAAUCUUUUCUUAUUGGCCUGAGAUUUACAAAAUAAUUUGGAUUCCAUUCCUCCUUGCCUGCUGUUUAAAAAAGAAACUUCAAGAUUAAUCAUUUUUACAAUGUAAAAAAAAAAGGCUAUGAGUUCAUAUAGUUUUGUAUGCCACUAAUAUUUACAGCAUGUCUUUGUUGUAUAUUCUUUCUGAGGUCAACUUAGUUGCCCCGGAGACCUCGGGCCUGGCGAUAUCUACACGCAUUGCUUCCACGGACAUAGUGGUUCUAUUUUAGACCCAACGGGUGCUAUAGAUGAGAGCUGUAUGGCUGCUAAGAAAAGAGGAGUAUUAUUUGAUGUAGGCCAUGGACAAGGUAAUAAAAAUUUCAUUUGAUGGCCUUGAAACUUGAUGAUUCCUCACCUGAAAUUUAUUGUUUUCCUAAAGCUGAAAAAAUUUAUAAAAUAAUGGUUUUCAAAAUUAUUACACCAUUGGAAAAAAAAAGUAUUACAGAAGGCUAUAUAGUGUUUACAUUUAAAUCCAUACUAUUAAUUAUAAAAUGAAAAUUCAAUAAUAACUUAAAAUCAUCAGAAAGGAGCAGUUAAAAAAAAAUCAAUAAUACAAGAGCAUCUUCAACUCACGAGAAAGCAAUGCAAAUUUCAAGUAAAGUAUUUGCAAAAGUUAAUAGCUCUGGCGGCUGCAUACUUUCUGAUAGUUGUGUACUGAUAUCAAAUAAGCUUUUCUUGUGGGGUAGUUGUUACACAUAUUUAAAAAAAGAAAAUUCCCCUUAGGGUUGAAAAUGAAAAUCAUUAAAUGCUUAUGUUCCUGCCUGUAAGGUUCUUUCAUGUGGAGCGUAGCGGAGAGGUGUGUGGCCCAGGGAUUCCUGCCGGACACGAUCAGCACAGAUCUUCACACUGGUGAUCACCAAGGGCCAGCGUAUGACCUGCCUUGUGUCAUGACUAAACUGUUGCACGUUGGGAUGAGUCUAGAAGAUGUGGUAGCGGCCGUGACAGCUACACCAGCUAAGGCCAUAGGUAAAAUAUUAUGCAAAGGAAACUGCUGAGACAAGAAGUUAAAAAAACAGCUAGUGCAAGAUAAUGUAGAAAAAAACAAUUUUUUUUCAACAUAACCACCUUUUUUUAAAGUUAUGAUUCAAAGUGGGGAUUGUUUUCUCCCUACAACACAGUCAAUUUAAAUUGAAGUUAAACCUACAAGUUGUGUUUGCCUCAGUGGCGUGUAUUUUAGAACCGUCCCUGUGUGCUGCGAAACAACGCGAGGCAUGGUAGACGAGGUGACGCCUCUAAAUUUCAUUUUUUCUUCAAAUUGCAAAUUUUACUACACAUAUUUAUAUCAUUGGCAUUAAAAGAAUCAACCGAAUUUUGAUAGAAAAACAAGAAAGAUAAUAAAUGAAUGAAACUUCUUCUUUUAUUGUCCUGUCUUUCUCUUUCAAGCUUCCACAUAACUUGUUCUUCUAUUUCCCCCCUAAAGACUAAGUUGUACACCAAAUAUUAGCUCUGUCUCAUUCCGUGAGCCAGAGAUUUUAAUAUUAGCAUAUGAUUUUAAUUCCUGAACUAAAAUUUCAAUUUCACCUAUGUAUAAGUAUUUAAGAAUGUCCCUGCUUUCAUGUCAAUGAACGUUAAUAAAUGUCUAUUAACUUUAUUUUUGCUGAUUUUCCAGGCAAACAAAAUGAAAUGGGCUCAUUAGGUGUGGGCAUGCCAGCUGACAUAACCAUCCUCAAGCUGGAAGAUGUGUGCGAACAUUUGGAAGACUGUGCAGGGGAGCUGAGGACAAUUCAAAAGGCAUUCUCGCCUGUUGCAGUUUAUGUGGGCGGGGAGGAGCAUCCGGUGUCUGCAGGGAGGUCGUGGCCUAAUUCAGCCAGCGCACAGAUUUGUCAGGCCAGGAUGGCUAAGAUGACAGUUGACAGCAAGAGUCUCAAUGACAACAAAUGAUUGGGUCCAACUGCAUUAGACCAGUGUUUCCCCAAAAGGCGGGUCGCCACCUGAUCCCAGAUCACAAAAGAAAAUCUACAGGGUCACAAAAAAGAAUGACUUGAAAUACAAUCUAGGUAUUUGUUUUGUGAUUUUUCUUUUGAAACCCUAAAAUAUCAGAAUCUAGCUUUGAAUGGGGACCAGCAAGAAUGUUUUGCUACAUAACUGGUUUCUUUCUGAUGUCUUCACAUUUUUGUAAGAUUAAAUUCUUAUUUUAAAAUUUAAACUGUAUGGACCUUCAAAUCUAUUUUAUUUUACUGAGUGGCAAGCGUAAGCUACAAACAAAUUUUAGUUUAGAGCAGCGGUUCUCAACCUGUGGGUCACGACCCCUUAGGGGGUCGAACGACCCUUUCGCAGGGUUCGCCUGUCCAUCAGAAAACACAAAUACUCUAGUUAUGAAGAACCAACAAAAAUAAUUUUAUGGUUUGGGGCUGGGGGACACCACAACAUGAGUAACUGUAAUAGAGGGAAGCGGCAUUAGGAAGGUUGAGAAUCACUGGUUUAGAGAGUCAUGAAGGAAGAACAUAAAAUAACCGGACCACGAAGAAAAGUUUGGGAAUCCCCGCCAUAGAAGUGAGAGUCUCAGUCACAACACAUGAUGAAUCUUUUUUUAGUUCAUUAAAGAUAAAUAAAAAAAAAAUUGCAAUGUAUUUACUCAAGAAUCUUUUCAGUUUAGUUCCCGCUUGAUUCAAUUUUUUGGUAAUUUCCGUACAUUUUUAACAUUUUAUCUUUGGCAUAAAAAUAAGUUUUUUAAAGACAUUUUAUUUUUUGUAGUAGAUUUUUUAUUCUAGAUUUUAAAAAAUAAAUAAUUCCCUACCAUGCCUCUAUCUGUUGGGAAUUUCUACCGUAAGCCUUUUUCUUUAACUAGUGGGUGAAGUUUUGGAAAGGGUGGGGGACGGGGGGGUGUCAUUUGGCAACCUGGGAUUGCUGGGAUUCACACUAGGAACAGUGUGACAGAAUACUUUUCCUAAGUGUUUGUAUGGCUCUUGACACCUUGCUGCUGGUAGUCAGGCUUAGUGACUGCUUGAAAAAAAAUAUACAUAAAUAUUAAUAAUUUUAAAAAUUCUAGUUUUUAUGUUAUUUCAUGACCAUUGUUACAAAUUAAAAACCUGCCAAUGCACUGUGCUGUAAGAUUCACCUGAGAUUUUAGUGUGUCAGGGAGAUAUUUACUUUAUGCACAUAUCAGCAUUUAGUUUUCAUUAGGUAAAUGCUUGAAUCAGUUAUUCAAGAGUUUUCUAAACUUUUAUGUCAUUUUCAUUUUCCAUGUGGGCCACACAAAAAAAAAAGUUCUGUUUUGUGACGUAUUAUCACUGGAAGGCCUGCUAUUUUGUCAUACUAUCACUCAAAGCCUGGCUAUUUUUUCAUACUAUCACUGGAAGGCUGGUUUAUUUUCUCAUACUAUCAUUGCAAGACUGGCUUUUUUUUUCCUUUCUAUGUUGGUUAACCUGAAAUGUAUCAUUUUCACAAAUUACUUGGACAAUCAGUGUUUAUAUAAUUAAUCUAAAUUUGUGUGCAUCUGGGCCAGUAGUCUUCAACACUGUGCUUGAAAUGGCUGAUUUCUUUUCAUUUUCAACAGUGUUACAAUAUUUAAUUACAAAAGUCGUUUUGGUUGUGUUCCCUGAAGACUAGCGUUUGAAGAGAUUUAUAGAGAAUGCCAUAAAUAAUCUAUUUCAUCGCUGCCAUAAAUAAUCUAUUUCAUCACAAUAAAAUAAUGACUUUAUUAUUUAUAGAAGAGGAGUCAAUAUGGUUUUAAAUUUAUUUUUCAGGCAAUAUAAAAAAAAAUUAUAUUUUUUAAGUUAAGCACUUUGUAAAUAGACUUUAUAUAA